UGUCCCUCGGACACAGCGGAUCACCGAUCACGGAAAGAGCCGAAGAUGUCGGCUCCGUCAUGUGAUCAGCUGUGUCCAAUCACAGCUGAUCACAGGGGACAUCUACACUGAUCAUUAGGGCACUGAUGAUCAGUGUGCCCUGAUGAUCAGUGUAGCCCCAGCAGUGCCACCUGUCAAAGCCCAUCAGUGCCAGCUGUCAGUGCCUAUCAGUGCCACAUCAAUGCCACAUAUCAGUGCCCAUCUGAGCUGCCUUUCAGUAUCAUCCAUCAGUGCCAGUCAGUGCCACCUAUCAAUGCCAAUCAGUGUCACCUAUCAGUGCUCCCAAUCAGUGCAACCUAUCAGUGCCAGUCAG